GAGACAACGACAUCCCAAUCCCUACACUGUAGCCCAGACAAAAAAGUAGCCUCACCUCACCAAUCUCUACAUUUCUCGGCUGUUUGUUUCUCGGGAAACUAGUUUCCUGACUGGAAAUCCUGAGAAAAUGGAGAAGGUCAAGAAAGGUGCAGGUGGAAGAAAGGGCGGCGGUCCGAAGAAGAAACCCGUUUCCCGGUCCGUCAAAGCCGGCCUCCAGUUCCCGGUCGGCCGGAUCGGCCGAUACUUGAAGAAAGGCCGCUACUCUCAGCGCGUCGGAACCGGCGCUCCGGUCUACCUCGCCGCCGUGCUCGAGUACCUCGCUGCUGAGGUUUUGGAAUUGGCUGGCAAUGCUGCAAGAGACAACAAGAAGAACAGGAUCAUACCAAGGCACGUGCUUUUGGCUGUGAGGAACGAUGAGGAACUUGGAAAGUUACUUGCAGGCGUGACUAUUGCUCAUGGAGGGGUGCUUCCCAACAUCAACCCCGUUCUUCUUCCAAAGAAAAGUGAGAAGGCUGCAAAGGAGCCAAAGUCUCCGACCAAGGCAGCCAAGUCACCUAAGAGGAAAGCUUAACUUCUCAGAGUGUUGAAGAAAGCCUUAUCUGCUCUUAGUUAUUUCUCUGUAUAUGUAAUUUCGUUUUCUGUUGUGUUAUGUAGGAAAUCUUCUUGUUGUAAGGAACUAUUGCAGUCUUUGUUUCAAAUCGUUAUUAUGACAUCUUUGUUUGAAAUCAAAGAAAUUAAAUUCCUAGUUUCGAAUCUCAGUUGUCAGCUUGAUGGGAUGUUUGCUUGUAUAUUCACGUGCAUGUGCAAGGCCAAGCCGAGACUGAAACUAGUUCUGGCUUAGGAUAAAUAUUAGAAGAGGGCAUGCAUUUUUCAUGCUUGAAAGAUGAUUAUCGACUGCUGAGUUGUUGAAGAUUUCUGUUACAAGUGAGUUGUAUUUGUAUCAAUUCCUUUUUAGUUUGGGUUAAUGAAGGUGUUGUCCCU